UUCCAUCACUCCGGAAGUUAUUAGAGUACAGUAGAUUUUUAACGCGAACUGCGAAGUUGCGAUAAUCUGAAACAAGUUUUUAUUCUCGAUUUCCUACUGAUACUAACUUUAUAUUGGUGCGGGUGAAAUCAGCAUUAGGUGUGCGCAUGUGCCUUUUUUGAAAAAUUGGAAAGGAAGGUCUUGGGAAAAGGCAAAAAGCAUAGUUUUUUUCUAGCAGUCUAGAAGCCCCGAUUUGUGCUGACAUUUUAGCGUUUUGCAAUGGGUUCUCAUGAUAUUGUUGGAUCUGCUCGUGAGCCUUUCAAAGGUGAUUUCAAAGGAUUGUGCCACAGAAUAGGCGACAUCCUGGUCGACGAGAACCAACCGAUGAAGGCACGGUUUCGUGCAUUAUUUACCUUGCGCAAUCUCGGCGGCGAAGAGGCGAUUGAGGCGAUUUCCAGAGGAUUCAAAGAUUCUUCCGCCUUAUUGAAACACGAAUGUGCUUAUUGUCUCGGACAGAUGGUUGAUAACCGUGCUGUUGAUAUUUUGAUAACUGUGCUCAGUGACCAAGACCAGGAACCCAUGGUUCGCCAUGAAGCAGGGGAAGCUCUGGGUGCAAUCGCGGAUGAUAGAGGAAUUCCAGUUUUAGAAAAGUACGCGAACGAUCCUGUUGUCGAGGUUGCCGAAACUUGUCAGCUGGCGCUGGAGAGGUUAAAAUGGAUGAAGAAUAAUCCAGGGAAGUUGGACAUGUUGACCAGCCAGUAUUUGUCCGUUGAUCCCACACCGUGCAGUUCCGUGCAUGAUGUUACUGCCCUGGAGAAGCAGCUAUUGGAUGAAAAGGAAACUUUAUUUAAUCGAUAUUGCGCCAUGUUUGCCCUGCGGAACAUAGGGACCAAUGAUGCUGUCAAGGCCUUGGCAAAAGGUCUUCGUGCCGGUGGUGCCCUAUUCCGGCAUGAGAUUGCCUAUGUUUUGGGUCAGAUCCAGAGCAAUGUUUGCGUGAAAGAGUUAGCUGAUGGCCUGGCUGAUCCAGAGCAAAAUCCCAUGGUACGGCACGAAUGUGCAGACGCACUGGGAUCUUUGGCGGAUGAUUACGGCACGACUAUGCUUAGGAAUGGAGAUUUUGUGGAUGACUUCCGGCAGACAACCCAUGCUGCCGGCAUCCCUGUGGAAGAGUUGCCACAUCUUAUUCACAAACCGUACUACUCAUUAUGGCGCAAUAUCGAACUACCGGCACCGGCAGCUCCAGUGUUGAAUACUGCCCGGAUGUCCACUUCACCUAGUCCGGAAGUGAUGAAAGUCGGCAAAGGCGGUGCAUCCAGCAAGGGCGAGCCAGGAUCGAAGUCGUCCUUGCUCGAUUCGGCCAACGCAAAAGGUCGAGACAAAGAGAAACUGGGGAAAGAAGCAGCCAACAAGACCGAUAAGGAUAAAGUGAAGAAAAAGGUCAGUAAAAUUACCACUGGACCGCUGAAAUCCGACGCUGUGACCCCGAAGAUUGAUCAGAGAUCGACGGUUAGUACCGAGAAUAUGACGGGGCGAGGUGGACUGGACCCGAAGAAACCGGCCGAUAGACUACUAACUUCGAAAGGACGGGACAAGGACAAGAAUAUGGCUAAAGAGAAAGCGGAUGAACUGCCGUUACAACAACUGCCAGUGUGGCCGGCACUGGAAGGCAACGAUCAGAAGCCGCUAUAUGUAGUUUACGAUGCGUUUCUUCUAAAUCGGAUAAAAGAAAUCUGCAUUCGAGGCUGGAGUAUUGAUCGCGUCAUGGUGGAUGUCCUUUGUAGAUGCUGGACAGUGUCGGAUCGUCUGUUAACCAUAAUACUGGUGGAUUGCGGUCUCAAAAGCAGCGAUAUUGCUCGCCUCGCGGAUGCGGUGCCGAAAAUCCUCAAUUUAGAAUUUCUUGCAUUGGAUGGGAAUCUUAUUUCGGAGCAGAAUCAUGGUUUGGUUUUGUCUAAACCAAGUUCGAUCCGGCAUCUCUCUGUGCGAUACGCCAAUCUGACCGAUGCGGCUCUGAAAUUCCUGGCUGCUUCCUGGUUGCUUCCGGCGCGGGAGUGGUCUUCCGAUCGGCCAGGAUUAGAAUUCUUGGACUUGUCUCAGAAUCGGAUAAGCGACCUUGGGCUGCAAUAUUUAGUGCAAGCACUGAGGUUUAAUCGCUCACUGGUUACUCUUGUUCUAACCGGGAAUUUGAUAACAGAUUUGGGAAUAUCUAUAUUUUGUAAAGACCUUCUGACGCGUUUCGCAUUGACUCAGGAAGAGGCACUUGACCGACGACAAAGUUUUCUUAAAUACGCUCCGCCUGUUGUAAAUCCGGUUUUUUAUACGCUUCAAAGAAAGUACCGGUUCCCACAGGAAGCCAAUCGAGACAAGAGCCGGACAGAAAAAGAUGCAGCCAAUAUCGAUUCACGUAAAAAAGAUAAAGAAGAUAAUAAGAAAGCCAGCUCACGGAUGAGCGGUACGCGCAUAAGUGCCGGAAAUGCUGUCAAAACAUCACCGGCGCCUUCUGGGAGAGUUGCCGGUUCUGCUCAUCCUGAGAGAACCAAAACAGCAGCUAAAGGAGCCAGUGUAAAACAAGGCGCAUCAGUGAUAAAAAACCUGGCUAAGUUCACUCCAGCUAUUUCCUCCCAUUCUCAAGCUGACAAGGAUCUUGGUGAACCCGGUCGAGCCGAUGGGAAUCCUCCAGAUGACUUGACUUCACAACAACGCAGCGUAAUUUCCACCGACAUGAAGCUGACCCAUUCAACGGUUCCCGUGAGAAUGGUUGACCAGUCUGACCAAGAUAUCCACAUUACACACAGUCCCAGCCACCAAGAGGCCCAUGCUUCGAAGUCGUUCCUGGAAGCCGACGGAUCGGAAGUGUUGUUCUCGCGCAGUGGCCUGCCCAAUUCGGUGACAUCGUUCAUUCCCAACCUGGAUGCUCUGCAUAGUGGAGAAUCAGCACCGGAUCCCCGCGUGCUGGAUCUGUUACUCGAUUUGAGCCGAACGGAUCACCAUGGUGAGCUGGUACUGAGCGAUCGCGAUGUGUGGUUGGAUCACUCGCCCAUUGUCCUACCAGUAUGGACUAUGGACAACAUCCAUAAUGACCAAACCGGCAACGGAGUCAUCCAAGGCGAAGAUAUACGGUCACGUGCGGAAGCUUACCGGAAGUUCCUUUUUCGCAUAUGCUACCAAUUAUUCGACGGAAGCACGGAUAUACGCUCGCUUCCGGCUGAAUUACUGCGUGACCUUGUGCGCUUAGCAGACGAUCCCUUAUUUCCUUACCCGAAAGGAUCGAAAGAUUCUAUGGAUAAAGAUAAGGUGGAGCCUCCUGAAAAUGAUUUGUUGGUGGAAGCCGUCGACUAUGUCGAGAAGUUAUCUGGAACAUUAGUCCCGAAAUUUCAUUUGCAUGUUACAUCGGCCAGUUUUACAGACACUGAUGCAACUACCAAAGAAAAUCAGGACCGAGUGACGCCUAGCGCCAUAGAUGUGGUCACUUUCGAUCGAGAAUCCAAAUCUGAAAAACUUCCUGAUGCCGACAUAAAAUCUUCCAACACGAUUAGUGAAAAAAGUAACGAAAAGCCACUGGCGCCGCAACGACUUACAAAAACAGCUUCAGCACAUCGUAAAAUAUCUCUAAAAAACAAGACCGUCAAAGCUAAAAAGGGUGAUACUGCAACCCCGGAAAUUGGCGCUGCGCCCGAGCAGUCACCGAAAGAAUGUCCAGCAUAUAAUAUCGUAUCCGUGGAGGAACGAUUCAACGCAUUAAUCGAUGGCGUCAUAUUUGACUCUUCCGAUGGGCUUAUUAGCGAUGGCAACCGAAGUCUGAAGGUUUUAAACCUUUCCGAAAAUAAAAUAACUGUUUCGGGGCUGCAUCGGCUCAUGGAGGCGGUAGCUCGACAACGGAAGGAGCAAACAGAAUCAUUACUGUGGAAGCGACCACCGUCACCUGCUUUGCCAACUAAUACUAGGCUGCCACCGGUGGAUACCAACACACAACAAGAAUCUCCGGAAUCAGAGUCAACACUGGUCCGGAAGGAAGGUAAUUCGUUGUCAGCGCGAGCAGACGAGAAAAGCCAGUCCGGGAAAAAGCAGGCCGGCAAGAAGGCUGCACAAGAGGGCGAAGCAUCCUCCUCACCGCUAAAUGCCGCGGAGCCGGAAUAUGGCCAUGUCGACAAUUGCGUACCUGUCGUAAUUAGAAAGCGUAUUGUCGAAGAGAAAGAUGAUCCCAAUCGGAAAAAUAUUGGAUUGCUUUAUGUGGAUAUUCUUGACAAUCCGUCAUUGCCUAAGGACAGUGUGGCAAUGGUAGCAUUCGACAGAUUUAUGGAGCAUCAACGGGAGGCAUACGGUAUUGGUAGGAGUGGACAAGAAUAUGAAAUAAAAGAAACAGACCGGAAGCAUAACACAGACAAAGAAAAGGAGAACAGGAAGGGUUCGACUGUCGAGCGUCCAUUAAUGAUGGGGGAAUACAUUUUAGAGCGUAAAAAUGCUGGUCUAUUUAUUUAGCGACAUGCGAGCAUUUAUUUUAAAUUCUGCAACGAUCGCAUUAAAUAAAAGUCGGCAAAUACGGUACGCAUCGACCAUUGUGAGCUC